AUGGUCAGGUUUGAGACUACUGAUAUGGAUAACGUGAUGGACUUGUCCAGGCAGCUUCAGCCAUCUGGGGCUGAGAUCCACCCUGAGGAAAGCCAGAGUCCAGCCCAAGUCUUGCAUAGGCCAGCAGAGAUGCAGGACCCAUCUGGGGUGACUGCUGAAUCGGUGGUCUUUGGAAGGCACAAGAGACCAGGCAUUUUCAAUGACUUUUUGGAAUGCAUUUUAUAUGCUUACAGCAAUAAAAGUACAGACGUCACAGGCCUGGUAUGGUUCAUGGGGGACGAUGGGCAGUCCCCCAGAAAUCUCUCCAGAUUGUGGCCACAGAGGCACCUGGGUAAGGACCGAAUCUAUGACAAGAGUCCCCGAGGCCAUCUGGAUCAGAUCCCUUAUGUAACUGUGUGGGAGAACCUUGCCACUAAUCCCCCUUCCUGGGUGUCUCCACUUCUCCCAACAGGACAGGAGAGAGCCAGAGGGCCAUUGGGAAAUAUUUCUUCUUUAUACUCCACUGUAGUUAAAGGCUCUGUUAAGGCGGUCCUUCCCCAAGAUGACAUCUCACUAGCUGAUUUGCUGAAUGAGGAACCCCCUCCUUACCAGGUCCCUCCUGAACAGCCUGCCGCCCCAAAGGCGGCUCAGCCUCUGCCAAGGGCCGCAGAGCGACCGGAGCCAUCGGCACCAGUGGCGGCAAACACUACCACCAAAUUGCUGCCCAACUCACCCAUGGCAGGCAGGCUGAAAAAGAGGAGGGAAACUGUUCCAGGAAAAGUGUCAGUGACCCUUCCGUUGCGUCAGGUGGGAGGCGCCAAGGGUCCCUGGCAGUAUUGGCCUUUUUCUGCGUCUGAUGUUUAUAAUUGGAAACAGAAUUACCCUUCUUUUUCCAAGGAUCCUUAUACACUGACAGGGUUAAUUGAAUCUAUUCUGCUGACCCACCAGCCCACGUGGGAGGAUUGCCAGCAGCUUUUACAGAUCUUGUUAACCUCUGAAGAGAGACAAAUGUUCAUGGAAGCCUGGAAAAAUGUUCCGGGGGACGAUGGCUGGCCCACUCAGCUUCCCAAUGAAAUUGAUGAGGCAUUGCCUCUGACGCGUCCAGAUUGGGAUUUUCACACAGAUCAAGGUAGGGGACACCUACGUCUGUAUCGCCGGAUUCUCAUAGCUGGCCUCGAAAGUGCCGGGUGACGCCUGACCAAUUUGGCGCAGGUAAAGCAAGUGAUUCAAGGGCCAGAGGAGACCCUGACGGGUUUCUUAGAGAGAUUAAAGGAAGCCUAUCGCAUGUACACACCAUUUAAUCUUGAUAGUUAAGAGCAAGCAGUAAAUGUGGCAAUGGCCUUCAUUUGGCAGUCAGCGCCAGAUAUUCGGAAUAAGUUACAGCGAUUAAAAAAUUUGCAAGGAUACAGCCUGACUGACUUAUUAAAGGAAGCUGAGAAGAUUUUCAAUAAGAGAGAAACGGCUGAAGAAAAGGAAGAGAGGCUUAAGAAGGACAGAGAAGAGAGAGAGAGAAAGCGCGAUAAGGAAUUUAGCCGGCUCUUGGCCACAGUAGUGGAAAAUAGGAAUUCAAGUGCAGGGAGAACAGACAGGCACCAGGAGAUGGGCAGGCCUAGAGACUAUCGAAACCAGUGUGCCUAUUGCAAGGAGACGGGGCAUUGGGCCAGAAAUUGCCCCAAAGUGAAAGCAAAGGAACGACGGAAAGAGAUGAAUCAGUCUUCUCGAGUUUUAGCUUUGGAUGAAGACUAGGAAAGUCGGGGCAAGGAGCCUCCCCCUGAGCACAGGGUAACCUUGCAAGUAGGGGGGCAGCCAGUAACCUUCUUAGUAAACACAGGGGCUCAACACUCGGUGCUCAAUCAGAAGCGUGGGCCUCUAAGUAACCGAACGCCAUGGGUGCAGGGAGCCACUGGGGGAAAGCAAUACCGAUGGACAACUGAGAAAAAGGUACAAUUGGUAUCAGGAAGAGUUACUCAUUCGUUUUUACAUGUACCUGACUGCCCAUACCCACUCUUGGGAAGAGACUUGUUGGGAAAGUUAAAAGCCCAGAUACAUUUUGAAAAAGUUGGGGCUACAGUUACUGGUCCAGAGGGAGCCCCCUUGCAGGUCCUAACUCUGAGCUUGGAAGAGGAAUAUUGAUUGCAUGAUAAACCUGACCACUCAAUGACCAUGACUAUUUACUCACAGAAUAUGUGGUUGACUAAAUAUCCAUUGGCAUUAGCAAAGACUAGGGGAAUGGAGAUGGCCGUGUACCAACCUCCCCUCAUAAUAAGUGUUAAGACAUCGGCGGUGCCGAUUGCAGUGAGACAGUAUCCAAUGACCCGUGAGGCCCAUGAAGAGAUACGACCUCACAUCCAGAGACUCCUAAAUCAGGGGAUUCUGACUCCCUGCCAUUCCCCUUGGAACAACCCUCUGUUGCCAGUCAAGAAACCUGGUACUAAUGAUUUUAGGCCUGUGCAAGAUCUAUGGGAGGUUAAUAAGAGGGUCGAAGAGAUGCGCCCGACAGUUCCAAAUCCUUAUAAUCUUCUCAGCACCCUGCCGCCUACUCAUAUUUGGUAUACAGUGUUGGAUUUGAAAGACUCUUUCUUUUGUUUAAGACUGAGCCCCCAGAGUCAGCCUCUGUUCGGGUUCAAAUGGCAGGACCCGGAAAUGGGUAUUUCAGGACAAUUGACUUGGACUCGUUUGCCUCAAGGCUUCAAGAACAGCCCUACUCUGUUCAACGAGGCGCUACAUCGAGACCUCGCAGACUAUCGGGUAAGAAACCCCCAUCUGUUUCUUCUCCAGUAUGUUGAUGACAUACGUUUAGCUGCCUCGUCAGAAAAAAAUGCGAGGAGGGCACAGGAACUCUUUUAG